CAAACUCACUUCACCAACAACAUAGUUCCAACGGAACCGCGGAUAUUCUAAACCACGUAUGCUAUCACCUACAUACGAUGUCUACCGCAGAAACCCCACCUCCGAUCACAAGCUUCGAUGGAUUCUCCGCCCCUGGUCAGAUGAAAUUUUUUCCUGAGUCGAGCUUCUUUAAAGAGAGACGCGCGUCCACACUUCCUACGCCAGCUGAGGUCAGAGCCCGCAACAAGGAAUUUGGUAAUAUCCGUGCUUCAAGCUUCGACCGCCCACCACCCGUCACAUUCCCGUCGCUAGGAUUGCUUGUCAAGUACGGUGGCAAUGUCGCAAUUCUCGAAGCUGAGACUCAGAUGAUGGUGCAUGAGCGACUGCAAGGCAAAGUCCCCGUGCCUGAGAUCUUUGGCUGGGCCGAAGAUGAUGGGCAGCGGUUUAUUUACAUGUCCUUGAUAGAGGGCGUAACAUUGCAAGAAGUAUGGUGUGAUAUGAAUGAAGACGAGAGGCAUGUGAUUUGUGGAGAACUCAAAGAAAUGGUGAGGGUGUUGCGAGCUUUGGAGCAAGACAGUCAUGAUCGAUUUGUUGGUAAGUGGAUUAUCGCGAGUUAAGUCAAAGUACCCACUUACCGACCACCCCCCCAUUCCAACCACAUGAAUCAUGAUGCCAUCACAACAACUACCACUUUAUUAAUUAACUAUUAACUACCUCUUGAAGCCACAAUAAUGCAACUUUUAGCCUUACUAGAUAAUUCUAAUGCGCUAGAUUCAUCUAGCUUACUUUUAGUAUCACUAG